AUGAGUCAUUGCAAUGAAGAUGAUAUCCAUGAAAUUUAUAAUUGGGUUGAUGAAAUACCUUUGUCGAGACCAAAGAAAAAUAUAACAAAAGAUUUUUCAGAUGGAGUUCUGGUGGCUGAAAUAUUGAAGUUCUUUUAUCCAAAAAUGGUAGAUCUACACAACUAUACUACAGCGAGUUCGACAUCUCGGAAAAUACACAAUUGGGGCACUUUGGAAAACAAGGUGUUGCGGAAACUAAACAUACGACUGUCACUGAGCAUGAUCGAGAAACUGGCCGCGGCUGCUCCUGGGGCGAUAGAAAGCCUUCUGGUGGAAAUUCGUCACAAAGUUGAACAGAGCAGAGUGACGUCAUCGCCUCAGUCAGAACCGAGUUGCAAGAGCUCGAAAGCCAUUCCGUACGAGGUUUUGUUGAAAAGAGAGACAGAGCUGAAAGAGAAGGACGAAAUUAUUGCAAUUCUAAAGCAAAAGGUGGCUCAUCUGGAUAAGCUGCUGCAGAUGAAGGAUCGACACAUCGACGAGCUGACUUCUAAGUUGGACGCGAAAACCAAGUGACAGGAGUGUUUUCAGUUGGAAAAAAAAAUUAAAAUUUUACAUUAU